CCGUCGUCGUCCUUGUCCACUCUCUUAAAUGUUUAUCCAAAAUAAUUCAAAUUUCGAUAAUAGCAGUGCUGCCGGCAGUGUUGGUGGUGGUGGCGGAGGAGGCGGUGGAGGUGUAGGUGUGGCUGCCCACAAUGCCCUCCUGGUAGAUGGUGAUGGCAGUGGAGGUGGUGAUGGUCUUAGUAGUAGUGAUGGCAAUGGUGGUGGUGGUGGUGGCAUCGUCCUUGGCAAUGGCAGUGACAGUGGUGAGGGGGUCCUGCUGGUUGGUGGCAGUAGCAUAAGUGUUAGCGGCGGCUCUGUGGAGGCCCACAGCGUGGGCGGCGACAGCAGCCUGAGCACAACUGCCAGCGAGGGUGGCGGUAGUCAAGAGUUAAUCUUUCCCCUUAGAUCGUCAUCGCGUUCCAGUGAUCCACAACAGCUGCAGCAGCAUCAGCAACAGCGGGAAAACAACAAUAAUUCCAAUACAAAACGUUCGUUCAAUCUGAAUCUCAGCUUUAGCAACAACAACAAUCGUAAACUGUUGAGCGUUGGUGGGGUCAGUGGUCAAAGUGUGGUUGGCGGUAUUGCCGGUGCUGCCGGAAGUGUGGCCCAGUCGUUUUGGAGUUCGGUAGCCUCGAAUGUCUCAGCCGCAUCGUCCUCCUCCUCAUCGUCGUCGUCGUCGUCAUCAUCGUCAAUAACCUCUUCGGCUUCACCCUCGGCCUUGGCCUCAUCCUCGACUCUUUCGUCGGAUGUUAGUAGUACCGGUGGUGGUGGCGGAAUCGGAGCUAGUGGCAUUGGUCGCGGUCCCGGUGUUGCCGGCAUCAUUGGUGGCGGCGGUGGCAUUGGCAUUGGACCCGGUGUCGUACAAAGGGUGUUCCUCAACACAAAACCAAAAAACAAAACCGAUUUGAAUUUAUCGCUCUGUGCGGCUGCCUCAGGUGGUGGUGCAGUAAAUAUCUCCAAUUCAGCAGCAGCAGCGGCGGCCUCAUCGUCGUCAUCAACCGUAGCGGCUGUGGGGAACAAUAUUUUGAACGUUCUCGAGCGUAAGGCGGCAACGUGUAUCUACAAAAUGGAUGUGGACUCCUCCGAUGAAAAUGGACCUCAAACAUUCCUCAACACAAACGAUAAUGAUGAUGAACUUAUUAAACAACUGCCAAAGGAAAUACUAUUACGUAUAUUUUCAUAUUUGGAUGUGGUUUCAUUAUGCAGAUGUGCACAGGUCUCCAAAUACUGGAAUAUCUUAGCUUUAGAUGGAUCCUGCUGGCAGAAAGUCGAUCUAUUUGAUUUUCAACGUGAUAUUGAGGGUCCCGUCAUAGAGAAUAUAUCCCAACGCUGUGGAGGAUUUUUAAAAUUUUUAUCGCUACGUGGUUGCAAAUCUGUGGGCGAUCAAUCAAUACAAACUUUAGCCGACUACUGCCACAACAUAGAACAGUUGGAUUUAUCGGAAUGCAAUAGAAUAACAGAUAUAUCGACCGAAUCGAUAAGUCGCCAUUGUUCAAAAUUAGCCUCCCUUAAUUUAGAAUCAUGUUCUAAUAUAACCGAUAAUAGUUUAAAAUAUAUUUCGGAUGGUUGUCCGAAUCUACAAGAAAUCAAUAUAUCAUGGUGUCAUUUAAUAACGGAAAAUGGUGUCGAAGCUUUAGCACGUGGUUGUAAGCAUUUGCGUAAAUUCUGCAGCAAAGGUUGUAAGCAGGUUAAUGACAAUGCCAUAACGUGUUUGGCCAAAUACUGUCCCAAUCUCAUGGUGCUCAAUUUACACAGUUGUGAGACCAUCACCGACUCAUCGAUACGACAAAUCGCCAGCAAUUGUCACAAUCUACAGAAGCUGUGCGUAUCCAAAUGUGCCGAACUGACCGAUCUAUCACUGAUGGCACUCUCCCAAAACAAUCCAUAUUUGAAUACUCUCGAAGUGUCGGGCUGUCGUAAUUUCACCGAUCUAGGCUUUCAGGCAUUGGGUAAAAAUUGUAAAUAUCUGGAGCGCAUGGAUUUGGAGGAGUGCAAUCAAAUAACCGAUUUGACGCUGGCACACUUGGCCACCGGCUGUCCAAGUUUAGAAAAAUUGUUUCUAUCGCACUGUGAACUGAUAACGGAUGAUGGCAUACGUCAACUGGCAGCUGGUAGUUGUGCAGCGGAAAGUCUAUCCGUCCUCGAAUUGGAUAAUUGUCCUUUAAUCACUGAUCGUACAUUAGAGCAUUUAGUUUCUUGUCAUAAUUUACAAAGAAUUGAGCUAUUUGACUGCCAACUGAUAACAAGAGCAGCAAUACGCAAACUAAAGCAACAUUUACCAAAUAUUAAAGUUCAUGCGUACUUUGCCCCAGUUACACCGCCACCAGUUACCACUGGACAACGACCACGUUAUUGUCGAUGCUGUGAGAUUUUGUGAGAUUCGGCCAUUGGCUUUGCGCGGAAACUGCUGUGCAAAGGCCCCACGGACUGAUGGUAUAUCUUUUCGACAAUUAUCCUGAUUAUCUUGACGAUAUUGGUGGCAUCGCUUUUGUUGGUACAUGUGUUCGCUGCUAUUUAUAAAUUGAAUAUUUGAGUUUGGUGGCAGAUGGCAAAAAAGAAUCCAAAGGACAACAUCAACAAAAACAACAAUAGAAACCAUAAUGACAACAACAACUACAACCUCUACAACAAGCAGCAUCAAGGGCGUAGGAAA